AUAUCGGUCUCGCGCCGUGCAAGAGGAAACAGCCGGCCGCGGACGUCGCGCGUUUGCAACUUUGCAGUCGCGAGAUAUCUUGCUUCCGGUCUUUCUAUUGUACUUAUUUACGCGUCCGUUUCGCGUCUGAUCGAGUGCGAGUCGAGCCAGGCGCGAUUGGAGCUGGUCAGCUGGAGCAAAGCGUACACGCAAACAUUUAUCGUCAAACGUAACGGAUCUCGAACAAUCUCGACGCAGCCGCGUGAGCUGACGGGGAUUCGGACAGGCGCGCACGCGAUCGUGUUCCGCAUCGACGUCGUCGCCGAGGGUACCGAUUAGGCCGUCUCGUCUCGCCGGGGGAGUCGAUGCUAGACGUGGAGACGCAGCAUGGAAAGCACGGAACAGCCGAGCAACGAGCAGAAACCGAAAGACAGGUUAGUCGGCCUGCUGGACCACAUUGAGGCUCACGUAGAGCAACUGCGAAAGGAUGCCGCCAGGCUCAUGGAGGAGAAGGAUGGCCUGCUGACGACCUUGGACACCCUCAGGAACAACGACAUGCUGUUCGCCCUCGAGGAGCCUGAUCGGGACGAUAUCUUGAGGUAUGCGGAUAGAUUGUCCAUGCGCUGUUCCACUGUAGAUGUAUUGGUUACAGUCCAACGGGAUCAUGUUCAAGAGGAAGCGUUGCAUCAGGUUAACGGCCUGAUCGACAGCUUAGUCAUAGGCUUGCGACAAGAUCCAAACAGCACUCGGCAGCGAUGCGCAGAAUUCAUGAACGCAUGCUCCUCCCAUAGCAUAGGACAUUCCGAUAAAGUCUUUGAGACCGCCAUUCUCGGAUGCACGUUGGAUGAUCAAAAGCGAGUCAAGAAGAGACUGCAGGGAUUGCUCGAUUACAUCGACAAGAUGCACAUCUUGGAGAUGACACAGUAAAUGACACAAAGAGAUUACAAGGUGGAUUAAAUCUGCCUCUCAUUUUCCAUAUAAGUUUCGAGUGGCGAAGCUUUUCGACGGUCUAGCGCUGUUAGCGAAUCAAGAGACAUUUGGGAAAGAUACAUUCUUUGCGCCUUUUUUGCGCGGCUAAGUUUCCAUUUUUCUUCCACUUCGCGAAUAGCCACCUCGAAUGGAACGCUUGGCUGUGUACAGAAUGCACAGUGAUCGAUUGGAUUUAAUCUUGCGAUGCGAGAUCGAUUCUGGGCGUUUAUAUGAUUCGUGAACAUAUUUGAAGCACUUAGCAUUUCGGCACUCUAAAAAAACUUAAAAAAAAGGUCUUGAAAAAGCGUUCGAUAACAUUUUUCAAAUCUGUACCGUUUUCAAAUAAAGAGGAAUUUCUAGAGAAUGUGUACUGCAAUUGUAGACGUUUAAAUACUAUGUGAAGGAUGUAAUGUUGAAAAUAUGAAGUAAAUGGGCCUCUUUACACUCUCA